AAGCAUCUGACCAACCUUGUUGUUAUAAUAUACUUAUCAACUUUCUUUAAAAAAAAAAAAAAAAGUUUUAAAGCCUUAAAGUAGAAGAGCACUGGUCAAUUGUAAUCUAAUAAAAUAUGAUAACAAAGGAUUAAGUCAAAGAUGCAAAGGCCUGCUUAUGGACCUGAGUUGUUCUACAGCCAAUAUGUCUCUAAUAUUCUCCAGUUACUGCAGUUUGCUUCACUCAUCCAGAUGCCUUAAAGAUCCUGCAGUUUCUGUGUGGUGGUGAAAUGUCAGGAUCUCUGUCCAAAAAAAAAUCCUCUGAGAUGUCUGUUCAAAAAUGUGUUUGUUUCCAACCUGGCACUUUGGACCAAUAAUAGCUGAAAGCACUGCCUUUUUCGCUGUUCUCAAGUAAUGGCCCUUUCUGUCUGCUCUUUUUGUAGAUUCAAGCUCCUAGUCCCUACACCGGCUUGGAGACUCAGGAUGGCUAUUUUUCCCACCGACCAAAAGAGAAAAUGCGAACAGACAGCAAUAAUGAAAAUUCAGUCCCCAAGGACUUUGAAAACAUUGAUAACAGUAACUUUGCUCCCAGGACUCAGAGGCAAAAACACCAAUCUGAGCUGGUGAAAAAACCCCUUAGCAAGCAAAAGGAGCACUUGAGAAAGAAACUGGAAGAGGAAAAAGUGAAAGAGAACUCACUGUUGGGGAAGAACUCAAAUGAAGUGGUGCAAUUUGGUGAUCAUCCUGGAAAAAACAGUAGCAACAACAAUCUGAAGGAGAUUCACAGGUCUCCCAAACAGCAUCAUUUCAAAAAAAAUGGAAACAGCUCCCCUGAAUUGAGAUAUGACCAACCACUGAGGUGUGAAAUAACUGGCAAAGAAGCAAUCUCAGCUAUGUCUCGGUCUAAGUCUAAACAGUGUCGACAGGAGAUUGCAGAGAUAUAUUGUCAGCACAAGCAUGGGAAGCUGAUGCCAGAGAAGGUGACGCGUUUCUGUGCACUGGAGGGAAAAGCCAACAACAACGUGCAGUGGGACGAGGACUCUGUGGAAUACAUGCCAGCCAACCCCGUCAGGAUCGCGUUUGUCUUGGUGGUCCAUGGCAGAGCUUCUCGGCAGCUCCAGCGCAUGUUUAAGGCUAUUUACCAUAAAGACCACUUUUAUUACAUUCAUGUUGACAAGCGAUCCAAUUACUUACACCGGCAAGUGCUCCAGUUUGCCAACCAGUAUCCAAAUGUCAGAGUAACAUCUUGGAGAAUGGCAACUAUCUGGGGAGGAGCAAGUCUUCUGUCCACCUACCUGCAGAGCAUGAGAGACUUAAUGGAGAUGAAUGACUGGCCGUGGGAUUUCUUCAUUAACCUCAGUGCUGCUGACUAUCCGAUCAGGACAAAUGACCAGCUAGUAGCGUUCCUGUCCAGAUACCGUGAUAUGAACUUCUUGAAGUCCCAUGGGAGGGACAAUGCAAGAUUUAUUAGAAAACAAGGGCUGGAUCGGCUUUUCCUGGAAUGCGAUACGCAUAUGUGGCGUUUGGGGGACCGGCGGAUCCCCGAAGGAAUCGCGGUCGAUGGAGGAUCCGACUGGUUUCUCCUCAACAGGAAGUUUGUGGAGUACAUCACUUAUUCCAAUGACGACCUGGUAACAAAGAUGAAGAGGUUUUACUCUUACACUCUGCUUCCCGCUGAGUCUUUCUUUCACACUGUCCUGGAAAAUAGCCCAUACUGUGACUCCAUGGUGGACAACAAUUUACGUAUCACAAACUGGAACCGUAAACUUGGUUGCAAAUGUCAGUACAAGCACAUUGUGGACUGGUGUGGCUGUUCACCUAAUGAUUUCAAACCAACAGACUUCCACAGGUUCCAGCAGACUGCCAGGCCAACGUUCUUUGCCCGCAAAUUUGAAGCUGUGGUGAACCAAGAAAUAAUUGGCCAGUUGGACUAUUAUUUGUACGGCAACUACCCUGCCGGCACACCAGGUCUCAGGUCGUACUGGGAGAACGUUUACGAUGAGCCCGAUGGCAUCCACACCCUCAGUGAUGUGGCGCUGACCAUGUACCACUCGUUCUCACGCUUGGGCCUGAGGAGAGCUGAGACUUCAUUUCACGCUGUUGGUGACAACAGCUGCCGAUACUAUCCCAUGGGCCAUCCAGUUUCAGUCCAUCUUUACUUCCUUGCUGACCGUUUCCAAGGCUUCCUAAUCAGAUACCAUGCGACUAACUUGGCUGUCAGUAAGCUAGAAACUUUGGAAACAUGGGUGAUGCCAAAGAAAGUCUUCAAGAUUGCAAGUCCACCAAGUGAUUUUGGAAGGCUGCAGUUCUCAGAGAUUGGCACCGAAUGGGACGCCAAGGAGAGGCUUUUCCGGAACUUCGGAGGACUUCUGGGGCCGACGGACGAGCCAGUGGGCAUGCAGAAAUGGGGGAAAGGCCCCAACGUCACCGUCACUGUCAUUUGGGUCGAUCCCAUCAAUGUAAUUGCCGCAACGUACGAUAUCCUUAUCGAAUCCAGUGCAGAAUUUACUCACUACAAACCACCUUUGAAUUUGCCCCUCCGACCUGGUGUCUGGACAAUUAAAAUUUUGCACCACUGGGUACAAGUAGCUGAAACCAAAUUCCUCGUUACUCCUCUCACCUUCUUUAAUCGGCAGCCUAUCAAACAAGAGGAAGCCAUGAAGUAUCACAAUGGGCCUCCAAGGAAUGCAUAUAUGGAGCAGAGCUUCCAGGGCUUGAACCCGGUCCUGAAUAUCCCCAUCAGCACUGCCCAGGUGGACCAGGCCAGGAGAAACGCAGCGCUCGUGGGCACCAAACUGGAGAGCUGGGUGGACUCACUAGUGGGCAGUGCAUGGUCAGCGGUGGACAUCUGCAGCAGUGGGGCCACAUCGUGCCCGGUGAUGCAGGCGUGCAGUCAGACGGCGUGGAGCUCGCUGAGCCCCGACCCCAAGUCUGAGCUGGGGCCCGUGAAACCUGAUGGGCGCCUGAGGUAGCAUCUGGUACAGUCCUUUUCGGCAUAGGUUUUAAAAGGGAAUUUAACCUUGUUCAUAUGUGAAUCUCACGGCAGAUUUCAGAAGCCUAAGGAACCGUUACACCUUUUUGUUACGUGUUGCAAUAUAAUUCCUAAACACCUGACAAAGCCUUUGGCACUGUUCUCUCCGUCAGCUCGGCAACCUCUGUUGGGUUGGUGAGGGCCGUGGCCAUACCGCACUGCGUUGUAACCAUGGCCUUUGCAGAGCUGGGAACAGGAACAAGAAGUCAAGGAGAGGGCAGUGAAGGAGCAGCUGCUAGAAGUGUUUUUAAAAAAAUAAAUUUGUGUGUACUUCUGCUGUUCAUAGGCUUUAAUUAUUUUGCUAUCAUGACUAAGUCACAGCAAAAUUCCCUUCUAUUUUAUGUUUCCUGGGAAAGUUGAUUACUGCAGGCUAUAUCCCAUAUGGCUACAUUACCUUAUAGAACAUGAAAUAUGUGGGAUACACCCUUGCUCAUUUUUUUUUAUAGCACACAGUAAUUCUGGACGCAGCUAAUGCCUGUUGUUACCCUAGUUAGGGAAAAUGAGCAAAAGUAGUGUUACUUUCAGACUAAUUUCCUGAUAAGCUCUACAUGGAACCAGUGCUUGCAGUUGUAGUUUUUGAUUGUUCACGCAGUCAGCUUCAGGAUCUUGGUAGCAUAUUUUUAAAAGCAAAGAACCUUUUACGAUUUCAGCCCAUUUGACAUCUGCUUUUUCUUAAGCCUAGCAGCACUUAAGCCUGUUCGCAGACCUCCUGCACAGCAAGCCGCAAGCAGGAAUUGGGGGGAUAGCUUGUGAUGUGUCUGCUCACACCAGGUGAUGAGUCUUUUCAUGAGGUUGCGGUUCAGUUCCUCAGAACCAGUGAAACGGUGGAAUUUGGCCCUUUGCACUUUAGAGGUGCAGAUGGUGAUUAUUUUUUCUCAUAGGGAACAAGCUUGGGACCUGAAGUUGCAGCAGGCUGAUUCUUCCCUAAUUUGAGCAGUGGCUAAUGAGUCUUAACACUAAUUUCCUAGCUUGAUCUCAGAUCUGCCAGCGCCGAAUGAAGAUGGCUAAUUUUAGCGUUGCAUAGGGCAUGGGGGAGGUUGUGGUGAGCAGGACAGGACAGUCCCCGACCAAAGUCAUGAGCUGAAUAUGAAGGAGAGCAAUGACGUGUUUCUCAGUGCUGUUACUUUAUUCUGUCAACAAACCCUACCUUUGCUUGUGUUCGGAUUUUGACUUUCUAGCAGCCUGCAUCCUGUUUUGACUAUGCAUGUCUUUCUUUCUUACAUUAUUUUAACCUGCAUUUUCUGUACUAGGAAAAACAAUCAUUUACAUUCCAACAAUUUUUUAAAAUACAUAUUUUCAUAUGCAAAUACAUCUCCAACUGAAGCAUUUUGCAUUUACAUAGAACAUGCACUUUUUUGUUGUUCUUGUUGCUGCUGUGAUAAUCUCUUGAUAACAACACAACCCCAAAAGGCUAUUAGAAGCUGAGUUAAUUAUAAACAAAAGAAAAACGUCAAUUUAGUGAAAUAAGGUAACCAGUUACCCUUCUGUGUACACGUAUAACUUUCCUUUCUGCUGAUGAGCAUUAAACUUCCACAUCAGGAGGGAAAUAAACCCUUAAAUCAUUCCAUAAUUGUAUCUCACGGAAAGGUUGAAUUCCCUUUUAAACAGCAGCUGCAAGAUGACCAUAACACACAGGUCCCAGUGGCUCGUUAUAUUUCUCUCCAUAGUAUUGGUUUAAAGCUACUUGCAGUUUGCUUUGGACUUAAAAUUGCAGUGUCAGCUGUGCUGGCAUUAAGGCAGAGCAUUUAAAUGUUUAUCUGGCACAAAAAUGGAUGCAUAGAAGGAACAAUUUAGAUAUUUAUUAUUUAUGUUUUAGUCAAUGACUAAUUAGUAGGUGCUGCUUUUGCAGCUUGACAAUUAUGUUAUCUUACUAACUGAAGCUGCCUUUAUUAAGAAAAGGCCUUCUUCCCCUUACACCUCCCGUCCUUUCCUUUUUUCUUCCUGAUUUUGACAGUCCUGGGAGUUGUAGUUUUAGAAGAGUUUGUAGCAAUGAUGAGAGCUGGUUGAAAUGUUUCUGUCAAACUAUCGUUCCUGGUUUUCAACUGACUCUAGAGGCAAACAUUUAAAACCAAGGUUGCCAAUAGGUUUAUAUAAUAGAAACACAAUGUUGUUACUCAUUUCAUAGGGAUUUUUUUUUUUAAUAGUAUUUGUUUCUAAUCUAACAUUCCAUCAUGAAGGUCAAAUUUUCUGGGGACCGCCAAUCCUCAUGGUGAAAUCCAGGGCUUUAGUCAUAUUGCUGCACUGGCAACUGCAUGGUUAAAGCCCAGCAGAUCAAAUGCAGAGCAUCCCAUUUAGGGCACACACAUUAGCUACCUUAGAAAGUACUGCAGUAGUUGCAAAAUCCAGUCUGCCUUGCACAUAAGCAUAAGUAGAAAGGUGCCCCCCCCCCCACACACACACACGCAGAUAAUCUGUUUUUUAAAUUUGAUACUUUUUUUACUCUUAAACAAACAGGAAUGUUUUUAAGUGCUUUGUUGAGAAGUUGUCAUUAUGAGCUAUGGCAAGCGUAAGGUGGCAACAAUCCCGUCUUUUAUGGUUAGAAGAAAAGCUGCCACAUUUAUCAUGUAAAAUUUAAGGUUCAAAUUAGUUUGUUUUGGGUUAAAGAAAAGAAAUCAAAUGUUUGCUGGUAUAACUACUUACAUUAUAUUCUGUGUUUAAAAUAUCUCGAAAUACUUUAUAUUAGUUUGUUUUCUAAAAGAUAAAAAGUAUCUACACAAAGAAGUUCUGUAGCAAGCUGGCAGUUCCAGUGCUGCUCUUACAAGGUUUGAUGUAUACCUGAAGAGGCUGGUCCUGAGGCCUUCCUCAGGCGAAACCUCCUUGGAGCACUGGGCCUGAGUAAGGACAUUAGAGUGAACUCCAGCAUCAGUGAAAGGUGUGCCAGUACGCUGUGAAUAAAUACUGUAUGUAUGUGUUUGAAAUCAUCAUAGGAUGAGUUGCUGUAUUUGGAGCAUGUGCUGCAGUGAGUGUCACCUUCAGGACCUACAUGAGAACCCCUACUAUUGCUAUUAAUAUGCAGACACAGAUAUACAGCUUAUAUAUGGGCUAUAUAUGGGACACUGUGUCUGAGUUACUAAGUGCUAUAAUCGUGAAGUAAAAACCAUGGAGGGCAAGGCUGCCUCCGGGCUCGGCGCCUGCUCUGAGCUGCUGCUGUGGCAGUGCUGCUGAGACCGCUCGGCUGCUUAGUGGCUUUUCUGGUUCGAGCACUGCAGGCACUUGAAGCCUGUAAUGAAUAUUAUUUAUUGUUAGAAGAGAAUAACUUCACAGAUCUUACAUUUGGUGCAAAGGAGAAUUCAGAGCAGGGACCCACGGUUUGUAAAAGCAGGCAGGUUAGGCAUCUUCACGUGAAUGUGCUAGUGUUAUUUUCCAGCCACGCUGGCGAGUCCUUUCUGACGAGGACUCCCUCUGAAAGCCAGCGUUGAUCCAAACCCCUUUCUGUGGGAAAAGGCUGUAUUAUUUCCAUAUGCACACAUUUGUCCUCUGUGUAAUGCUUCGCUGGUUUAAAUUUUGAGCCUGUUCUGCUAGAUUGCCAUGUACCACUUCUGUGAUCAGUCACCAUUACACAGAAAGAAGAUGUGGCAAAAUGCAGAACAUCUACUUAUAUGUUUUAAUGAAUUAUAUCCCAAAUCAGCCUUGGCAAUAUGCAAACCUGUUUAUAUGGUAAUGUUAAACUUUAAGGCUAAUAAUAGAAAUAGCUCAAAUGACAGUUUAUUUUUAGAUAUGUCCAGUUUUUUCUUUGGUGACAUUUGGAUAUUGAGUAAUAUUUUUAUUUUCCUGAUACAUGAAGGUUUUUUCCUAGAGUUGAAAUUAUGUCUUCAUUUUUUUGUGCUCUCUACAAGCAGAGAGAGUAUUUUAACAAGUUGUCUGUCACAGCAAGUGUUAUACAGGAAGUCCAGCUGGAUCUCUGUUGCUAAGCCUUCUUUAUUGCAAAGCCUGGAGAUGCAGGAAUGUGCAUUCGUGUGUCACAAAUUGGCUUUCCCACAGACUGGCUUCAAUGCACACUGCAUGUACAGGUGUUUAACGGGAUAUUAACACUGAUCCUGCAGCACCUUCAGAAGGGCCAGCUAAUGUGUAGUCACCAUCUCCGGUAGCACUAGUCCAUCUCUGGUAGCACUAAUUGCAAUAUUAGUGAAGUCUCAAGCUCUCUUAGCCCCUGUUACAGUGAGCAGAGGAGUGAAGUCAGUGAGUCAAAAACGGAAAUUCUGCACCUGGCUGACAGGGGAGAGGAAGGGUAUAGAAGGUGCCAAAACUUUGAAACCGUUUGGCGUAAUUUUGUGGCAGCAAAACUUUGAGCAAACUGAGCACCUUCGCUUCUGCACAGCGAGGCUGAGAAAUGCUGCUGCGAUGAGACUGUAGCUUUGACUUCCCGGAUUAAAAAUAAAGCAAAAUCCAGAUUUUUACUGUGUCUGGACAACCAGGGCCCACUUUCUGUUGAUUUUAGUAUUUCUCAUCUUUCAUCACAGCUGGCAAAGGGCUGCCAGCUUGCCGCUGGCUAGCACGCCCUCCGCCUUGUUGUCCCAGCCCCCAGGGCCUCAGGGCUUGGCCAGAGGAGACCUUGGCCACGCCAGUGCCUCCAGCUGAGCAGGGGGUUUUGUACUCAUGUGAUCCAAAUCCCUUAGGCUUCUUUAAGAACCCAGAUGUGAAUCAGGAAAAAGUUUGCUUUUCAAGGCAGACUUCAGGCAGCUCUGUCCUGACAUAUAUGAAGGAGUCUGUAAAAGUGAUAGUGAUGAUUAUCUUUCCCUCACGUUCCAACAUGGGUAUUUAAUAUACCCAUGUAUGUUAGUAGGUUUGCUUAGCAAAGAAUAAGGCCAAGCUGCUAUUUAAAAUGUGCUUUUAUUUCAGCUAGUCUACAGGCCUCCAAGAUAGUCCUGCGGUUCCUAGGACAGUACUUUGAAUCCCUGUUAAAUGAUGAUUGAAACCGUCACAUAGAAAAGACUCCCCAGCAGUAACCCUCAGUGCUCGGCUUCUGCCGAAGCAGUGUGGCUCCCUGGCAAGCACGGAAGGACUUUGCGGGGAAACGCUCGUCGUCACCCCGUAAGCCUCUCAGAGCCAGCGAGGGCUUGUCUGUAACUCCCGUUGAAGGUGCUGAGUGCAGAAGAUGGGACUUCUUUGAAAAGAAGUCCCAGUAUGGGUGAAAGAGCAUUUAAAGGUGAGGCAGCAAGAUCUUAGCGUUGAUCUCCCCCCGCUCCAGGGCCACAGUAGCAUUAGGGUGUCUCCAGUGAAGCGUGGUGUUGCCAGCCAUUAAUCCUCGAGACCUGAUCCUGCAGGUACCGUGUUGAGUUUGUCCUUUUAUACUAACAGUAGUGUACAGCUCACUCGCUGCUCUUCGCUUCUGCCUUGGUUACCUUCUUUUGCUCAUGGGUGCUAUCACAGCUGCUACCUCACUCUGUCUGCAAACACGUUUACCUGACAACAACAAAAAAAGGUACCAGAAAUCUCCUUGAACUGAAUGUACAAUCUAUGCAAACUCUCUAUUUUGAUAAUAAAACCUAGAAGUAUUACUUGUAACCUUGCCAAAUAAGCAGCAAGAUACUGUACAGGUGCCUCUGAUGACAGAGUGCCGAUUCCAGGCGCAGUUCACUGCGCUGCCUUUGUAUAUUGUAAUGACUGGACUUGUCUUUGGUUCUGUUGUAAUUAACACCCUUGAUGAGACAAUAGUAAUCUCUAGCUUGAGAAGCACCUUCAGUUUGCUGGGAAUAUUCUGGAAGGGGAUGUCUACUUUACUUUCCUGCUUAUGUACAGAGGAAGGCACAGACCUACUGCCCCAAAUUAGGAUGUUUCAGAAUUUCCUUGGGUACAUCCUAUCAGCUUUGAAUUUCUCAGUGUAUGUUCCCAUAGUGGCAUCCGAUGUGGUGCCCCUUAAAGCAAGCCUUACUUUCUUCCUUUCUAAAUGUGGCCUUAAACUGUAUUAGAAAGUUAGAUGUGGUCUGUGUCUUGCUCACUUUUUCUGUUUGCUGUAGAAGGAAUAAAAGGCACCUUGCAAUUUCUAUUACUACUCAGCUGUGUUGCUGUCAGCUUACACUUCCCAAAUGCAAUAGAAAUUGCUUACAAAUGCAGUCUUUAAGGAAAGAAAGUGACCUUCCCUUUCGGCAAAAGGAAGGCGCAGACAUUCAUAAAAACCUUAAGAAAUUAUGACCUGUCUUUUGCAACUUAGUAUAGAUAAGAAAGGUUGAUUUAAUUACCUACAAAGUGCUAACUUGAUUCGUUCUGUCGUUGGAGUAGAACAGGACAGAUUUGCUCUCAGAUGCGCAAGACAAAUUCUGGGGUGAUUUCACUCAUUUUGACGUGACUUGGUAGCAUUCCUUUCAGAGUCGCACUGGUACCUGGGAGAAGGUACUUCCUCUUAAUGUUACAGUCAUAAAAUCUGAAGAACUUGACCACUUGGGGCCCAGUUUUGAGUGAUGGUUGGGAACCUGACAGUACACACAGAAGAUUGAGGAGUCUGGCUGUAUCAUUAAAGUUACAAAUGUGUUUCCAAAAUUUGGCCUUUGGAACUUUAUCCAAAGGGUGUCAAAGCCAGCAGAACCUGGUGACUUUUGAUAAGGCUUGUGUACGUUGGGUUUUGUUACUUCUCCUCUCCAUCAAGAACUGUUGGGUUUCAGUAGCACCAGCAUUCCCGGCAGGCUGCAGUGCUUUUAGGAAUCCCAAAUCUUACCUAGUUUCAGUAUUCUGAUGCAGUUAUAACCCAAAGGCAACUGAAAAGGGUUUACAUAGCAAACAAGAUUUGUGAAACAAAAAGAAUUAAUUUGAGGUAAUGAUUUUUCUGACUUUGUCGUUUUGGUUUUGGUUGAUUGGGUUUUUGUAUUGCCUAAAAUAGUCCAUAAUAAGUUAUUCCUAUCAUUUUUCAAAGACUGGUGGUAAUAUAGUUUUAAGAAAUAACUAUUUUGUUAUAAAUCAUAAUAUGCAUAAAACUGUACAGAAAUAUUUUGUAAGCUAUUGAAUAAGAAAAAAACAUGUAUAUACAGCAAAGUUUAAAAAAUAAUUGGAAAUUCAAAUGGAACACACUGAAAGAUGUAGAUAUUUUGCUAUUUAUUUAAAGGAGUAUUUUAUGAGAUAUUGAAAUGUCUUAAAUUGACCAGUAAUCAAAGUUCAAAGUCAGAAUGCUUUUCUUGUAGUAGAAUGUGAUUUUCAGCAAUUAUUGCACUACCCGUUUUUGCACCCUUUUGUCUUUCAUUUAGCAGAAAACAAUGAUGUGCCUUAGCUGUAUUCUUUGUCUAUUGGAGUUUGGGUUUUUUGUCCGACAAAGCAAAUUUUUUUGCAGAAAAAGAAAUGGAUGUAUUAAAUACUGUAUUAUACCAAAAACACUGCAGUUGUAUAUAAAUGCUUUCUGUCAUACUGUGUUUUCAGAUGCAGAAUUUUAAAAUAAAAAGGCUGUCUUUGGGAA